CGUCCUACCCCUGCACGCCCCGACGCGUGUGAGACUAGCCCUCGUUAGAGGUGGCGCGAGUUGCGAUCUGCGGCUUGCGGUUUCCUGACUUGCCCCGUUUGCGGAGCUUUUGAGGAUGAGGACGGCGACCGGGCAGCGUUUGCUAGUCUUCGUCCCGUUGCUGCUGCUGCUGCUGCUUCCCCCGCCGCCUAGAGUUUUGGGGUUUGUUGCUUCUCUAGACAGCGACUUCACCUUCACGUUACCCGCCGGCCGGAAGGAGUGCUUCUUCCAGACCAUGAAGAAGGAGGCCACGUUGGAGAUCGAGUUCCAGGUACUAGACGGAGCAGGUUUAGAUGUGGAUUUUCACCUCGUAUCUCCAAAACAUGAAACCAUAGUUUUUGAACAGAGAAAAUCAGAUGGUGUCCACACAGUGGAGACAGAGGAAGGUGAUUACAUGUUCUGCUUUGACAACACAUUUAGCACCCUAUCAGAGAAAGUGAUUUUCUUUGAACUGAUCUUAGAUAACAUGGGAGAAGAAGAAGAAGAUUGGGAAAAAUAUGCAACAGGAACAGAGCUUCUGGAUAUGAAGUUAGAAGAUAUUCUGGAAUCUGUCAACAGUGUGAAGGCUCGACUUGGCAAAAGUAUUCAGAUUCAAAACCUGCUCAAAGCAUUUGAAGCUCGUGAUAGAAAUAUACAAGAAAGCAAUUAUGACAGGGUAAACUUCUGGUCCAUGGUCAACCUGGCAGUAAUGAUUAUAGUGUCAGCUGUUCAGGUGUACAUGUUGAAGAGUCUUUUUGAAGAUAAAAGGAAAACUAGAACUUAACACAAGAGGGUUUCAUUUAAAGCAAUAAAUAAGGGGAUUUGCAAUACACUGAUUAAGAAAAAAAGAUGGCUAUUACUUCUCAGCUGUUUGGAAUGGAUAAUAACCUUCACAUACGAUUUUUACAAAAUUACGAACAGAGUGGCUUUUCUCUAACUUGGUGCAUAAUUUGUCUCUGAUGCCAUUUGUCUUGCACAGAAUACUGGAGCAAUGCCAGUUUUUUAACAUUUGUAAUUAUGUCUAUACUUUUUGCCUAACUUUUUUUAAAAAGUAAAUGAUUUGUUUCAUAACCUUAUAAAGAUGUGUUUUCAGUAUUUAAUGACCAGAGUCGAGUAGAAAUGCUGAAAAUAAGCCUACUAUUAGAUUCUCUGUUAAAGUAAAGCUCCUUGUGAUUUAUUUGUACUAAGACAUUUUCAAAAUGAAUGUUUGAAAGGCACUUGUUCCAAACUCCAGCAGUUCACAGACAUUAAUAGUCAACAGGUGGAAUAAAAUCCAAGUCACUUAAGUCUAUACAGCAAAGUUGUAUUGGUUCAGUAGUAUCAGCUACUUGGGUCCAAAUUCAGAAGUCAAUAUAGUGAAUCAAUCUUUGUAAUAAUUCAAAAUGCAAACUAUAUAAGUCCUAAAAGAAACAUUUGUUCAAAUACCAUACUUAAUUAUGUAAUGAAAACUCACUUUUCUUCUCAAAUUUUUAUGUAGAAUUUUAACUUUGGAGACCCAAUAAAGGAGAGUAUUUGUAAUCAGGAUUGAAAUGAGGGGUCCUUGAUGCUCUCUGAGUUUGGUUGUUUUCUUGCAGAUGUUUCAUUACCCAAAUUAGGUAACAUCAAUGCUAGUCAUGGUUACCUAGUUUGGAUAAUGAAAUGUCUGCAAAAAAACAACCUAACUCGGAGAGCAUCAAGGACCCCUCGUAACUCUAGAAUGCCUGGAAAUAACAACCCGUAUUUUUCGGAAUAUAAGACACACUUUUUUCCCUCCUAAAAGAGGCUGAAAAUCUUAUACUCUGAAUGAAGCUUUUUUUCAGCCAUAACUAGGCACUAGCAAGUGAAGCGGUCCCUAAAGAGGCGCUAGCGAGUGAAGCUAUCUCCAUGAUUUGCCUGCUUUUCUCAUUGCUUUUCUCUCCAAAGAUCAGUUGUGCUUUAGAAGCUGUUUUUUAUCCCCAAGCAGGGGAUACCCCAAGCCUAAGGACACUGGCCAGAUGAAUACCUGGUAGGCAGAUUUUUUCCCCCUAUUUUCCUCCCCAAAAACUAAGCUGCGUCUUAUACUCUGGUGCAUCUUAUACUCUGAAAAAUACAGUAUGUUGAGUUAAUAUUAUUAAUCUUAACAUAAUAUUAAUGUGCAUUAGGUCUACUAGCAUCCUGGAAGAUGCUGCUGGUUUAAGAAUCACACUCAAUAAAAUUAACACAAACGUUUACGGAAACAUUUUUCAUGCUGUCAUGAAAGCCUGAAAAAAGGUGUGUUGCUUUAAAGAACAGAAUGGUAUUGAGAUGUGAAAGACUAAAAUCAUUUUUGAAGUGUGCACAGGUUUAAUAUACAUAUUGGCUAUCAGGAUUCAUUAUUUAGUUUAAUUGGUUGACUUUGGAAGCUUCUCUAUGCAAAUUUAUCAUUUUAAGAAAUCAUAAACAUGGCUAUCUUUAUCAUUACCAUGUUCUCCCUUUAUAAUGCUCAGACAUAUGUACUACUCUUGAAUUAUUUGAGCAUUAUAAGGACUGAAAUUUUGGUCCAUUCACAAAGUUACAAUUAUUACUGUAGAUCAAGCGGUCCCCAAUCUUUCUGGCACCAGGGACUGGUUUCAUGGAAGAUUAUUUUUCCAUGAACUGGGGGGGAUGGAUGGUUUCGCGCGCAACCGAGAUCCCGUGCAGAUGAAGCUUCACUCACUUGCCCACUGCUUGCGUGGUCCCGUUCCUAUUGGGACCCUUGCUGUAGAUCAUGGGUAAAUGAUAAACAAGUGUUCUGUUUCCAGUUCUGGUACAAAUUUGCCCCUGAGGAAUUGGGUAUAGCAUAGUCCUGUUUUAGCAUGAAUUAUAACGAAGGGAUUCAUUCCCAUUUUAAUCAACUUUAAGACUUGAAUAGUAAGGUAAAGGUUCCCCUUGCACAUAUGUGCUAGUCGUUGCUGACUCAAGGGGGUGGUGCUCAUCACCGUUUCAAAGCCGAAGAGCCAGCACUGUCCGAAGAUGUCUCCGUGGUCAUGUGGCCAGCAAGACUAAAGGCCAAAGGUACACAGAACAUUGUUACCUUCCCACCAAAGGUGGUCCCUAUUUUUCUACUUGCAUUUUUUACAUGCUUUCGAACUGCUAGGUUGGCAGCAGGUCACCCCGUUACGCGGCAGUAGGGAUACGAACCGCUGAACUGCCAACCUUUUGAUUGACAAGCUCAGGGUCUUAGUCGCUGAGCCCCCUUGAUCCUAGAAUAGUAGCAGAAUGGAAAUGGGUAUUUGAUUUCAUCAUUCUGUUUAUGUAUGUAUGUGUGUGUGUUUGUUAUACAUACACAUGCAUGCAAAGGCAGAAACCAAGUAACAUCAUUGGAUGGUAUGAAAUGUUGCCUUUUUAAAUAACUUCAGUUCAGCUGAAUUGGUUUUCCUAAAGUUCUUUCCCACAUUUGUUGUAGGCCAAAAGUGAGGUGUAUUCUUUUAAAAACACAUCAGAAUGAUUUUUAACUUUGUGAAUUAAAUUAUACCAAUGGGAAGAAUGAUCCUAAAAAACAUAACUCAGAAGCAAGUCAACUUUGCAACUUUGAGCCCUAAAUUUCUGUUGCUAAGCAAGACAGUUAAGUGAGUUUUGCCUCACUUUGCAACGUUUCUUACAACAAUUGUAAAGUGAAUCACUGCAGUUAAGUUAGGAACACGAUUAAAUGAAUCUGGCUUCCCCAUUAAGGUUGCAAAAGGUGAUCACAUGGCCCUAGGUCUCUGCAACCGUCAUAAAUAUGAGUCAGUUGCCAAGCGGCUGAAUUUUGAUCAUGUGACUAUGGUCACAAGUAAACUGGUCAUUAGUUACUUUUUUCAAUGCCAUUGUAAAUUUGAGCGGUCACUAAACGAACUGUUGUAGGUCGAGCAAUGUCUGUAUAUGCUCACCAAAUUGUUGUGUAUCAGUAUUCUGCUCAAUGCUAAUUUGAAUGCAAGGCAUACUCCAUAUCCGUAAUUCUACCAAUUCGGAUACUUAAAUUAUUCUUUAACUUACGAUAUAUUGCGUAACAGGCCAUAAAACUUUUCAAAAAAUGUAUAUAAUUAAUUCUUCAAUCUCACAGGAUCAAUAUAACCCAUAAAACUUUGUUUAAUGAAUUAUUCCAUUAAUAUACCCAGUAAAUUGAAACAGCUGAGGACUAAAUCAGAGUUGAGAAACAUUCUAGAAUGCUGUGAGGUUGUCUCACAAUUAAGUGGUUUUCUUCUAUGUAAACAAAAGCAUAUCAGUUGAUGAGAAAUAGUACAGCUAUAAUGAAUGUUUCCACUAUUUAAUCUUCCAUUCAUACAACAGGUUGACCUAUUAAUAAGAUUUUGGGGUGAGCAUGAGCACCUAUACCCAAGUGUCCGGAUACUAUAGCAUAUUACAUGAAAACUUCAUUCUAUCAUCUACAGAAUACUACUAUCGGCAAAUAAAUGUUAGAACUGAUUAUUUAAGGAACAAAAUGCAAGCAUUAUAUAUACCUAUUAACAUAUAUGUAAGUAAGGAAAACUGAAUUUUAUUUCCAUAUUAUUAAUCUUGCAAUUGAAACAAACAUGGUACUUCUAAUGGUCUUGGAAUUCAGAAAAAAAUGGCUGUAAUAGCUAUAGCACUGGUAAAGGUAUUAUAUAACGUUUUGUACAAAACAAAGCUGUGACUAGCUUUCUACCUCUAUAUUUAGCUACAACUUGCUCUCUGUCCUUUGCAGUGUUAACAUUGCAACAACAACCUUAAAUCCAUAAACAUUGCUUAACUGAGUUGUUUUGAUAAGUUUACUUUGUCGUAUGUUUUGUAUGAUACAAUUUAACAGAGCUCAGGAAUAAACAUUCUGCAAACAAAACAAAAUACAAAAUAUAGAUUUUUAUUGAGGCGCAAAUGUGAUUGUGAGAAAAACCAAUAAAGGAAUAUUAAAUCAA